AUGUCUGAUUCAAAACGUCCCUUACUCAAAGGCACACCGCGUCCACCCCGACCAAAUCCAUCGGCGUUAUUCUAUACCGAACCUCUUAGACUUAGAAAUGAGGUGAUACGUACAAAGAGUGAAAGCGCUAGAGUUGUGGAAUUCAACGGAUCGGCAAUUCCUCAGCCAUUUCUCGAUCCAUCCAUCAUGCAGAAAAAGCGUAGUUGGAACGAGAACGGAAGUUAG